CAGCAGGAGGGAGAAAAUGAAAGCAGGCUGCAGCAUUGUGGAUAAGCCAGAAGGAGGAGGAGGUCAUCAUUUCCCGGAGUGGGCUUACAAGACCGAGUCCAGCCCCGGCUCCCGACAGAUCCAGUUAUGGCAUUUCAUCCUGGAGCUGCUGCAGAAGGAGGAGUUCCGCCAUGUCAUCGCCUGGCAGCAGGGCGAGUACGGGGAGUUCGUCAUCAAGGACCCUGACGAAGUGGCCCGGCUGUGGGGCAGGAGGAAAUGCAAACCCCAGAUGAACUACGACAAGCUGAGCCGGGCGCUCAGAUACUAUUACAACAAGAGGAUUCUCCAUAAGACAAAAGGCAAAAGGUUUACCUACAAGUUCAACUUCAACAAGCUGGUGAUGCCCAACUACCCGUUCAUUAACAUUCGGCCUAACGAUCCCCUCUCGGUCACCUCCUACGCUUGAAAGACUGCCGGGGCAAUCAGCGCUGCUGCGGUGGGAAUGUCUGGACGUUGAUAAAGCCUUAUCUGGAGCGCUCUUGCCCUCGGGUUU